AUGGAUGAACAACCCAGAACGAGUAAAGACCAGAGUAAUAAAAAUGACCCAGACGAGGAGAGUAGGUGCGAUCAGACGACUAACAAUGAAACACAAUUAUCCAAUUAUUCUAGUAAGAGUCGAUUGGAAGUUGCGGCUAUCGGCGUUGAAAAGACGAAGCCACCGAGCAAGCCCAAAGGUAAAUUUGAGGAGAAAAAACUAACGAAACGGCGUACGGGCAGAGUCGAGAAACAAAGGAAACAGCCCACAAGACGACACAUGACCAAAAGAACGUCUAGAAGAAAGACCAGAGCCAGAUCUGAAAAGAAAAGAGUAAACUCUGUUUCCACAAUAUAUUCGCGACUCUCGUCCAGUGGUCUUGAAACGCCAGCGUGUAAGCGUUGCGGUCACAGAUUUUACCGAAGAAUGUAA